AAACAGCCCUGCUCUCAGGUCUUCUGCCCCUGGAAAUGCCCUGUUCAACACAGAUGCCAAGUACUCAAGGCCAGGAGGGCAAAAGAACAGUGACAACCGAGGGAGACCAGUGAGGCAAGGAGGAACACACAGGCGUUAACACUUCAUCUACCAUGGAAAGGUUGGUCUGGGGUGUUCUACUGCUAGGAAGCCUUGUGACCAUGGUCCAUUCUUGUCCCUUUCAUUGCACCUGCCAAAACCUUUCAGAAUCUCUCAGCACACUCUGCGCUAACAAGGGACUACUCUAUGUGCCACCCAAUAUAGAUCGCAGGACUGUGGAGCUACGGUUGGCGGAUAACUUUAUUAGAGUAGUGGAUCAAGAAAACUUCCUUAAUAUGACAGGGUUGGUGGACCUCACAUUAUCAAGAAACACAAUUGAUGACAUUCAACCUUAUGCCUUUGGUGAUCUUGAGAGCUUGAGGUCUUUACAUUUAGAUGGAAACCGUCUUACUACCAUUCAUGAAGACUCUUUGAGAGGCAUGCUAAAUCUUCAACAUCUCAUUAUCAACAAUAACCAGCUUGUGACAAUCCCAGUGGCUACUUUUGAUGAUUUCCUCUCAACUUUGGAGGACUUGGAUUUAUCCUAUAACAAUCUGAUUAGUGUUCCAUGGGAGGCUAUCCAGAACAUGGUUAGUUUACAUACACUCAAUCUCGACCACAACCUUAUAGACUUUGUAAUGGAAGGCACGUUCUCAGAACUUUACAAGCUUUCCAGACUGGACAUGACAUCUAACAGGCUGCGUACACUACCUCCAGACCCACUUUUUGUCCGUUCCCAAACUGGAGUGGUCAGCCCUACCCCUUAUACAUCAACAAUUGUGCUAAAUUUUGGAGGUAAUCCAUUUCAUUGCAACUGUGAGCUAUUAUGGUUACGCAGAUUAGUAAGAGAGGAUGACAUGGAGACGUGUGCAUCCCCUCCACAGCUAGCUGGGCGUUAUUUCUGGUCAAUACCAGAAGAGGAGUUCACAUGUGAGCCCCCACUAAUUACACGUCACACACAUCAGCUUUGGGUGUUAGAAGGACAAAGGGCAACACUAAAGUGUCGUGCGAUUGGAGACCCAGAGCCUGUAAUUCAUUGGGUAUCACCAGAUGAUAAAAUAAUGGCAAACUCAUCUAGGACAGCUUCUUAUCGAAAUGGAACGUUAGACAUACUAGUUACAACUAUCAGGGACGAUGGAGCAUAUACUUGUAUAGCAAUCAAUGCUGCUGGGGAAUCAACAGCCCAAGUAGAUCUAAAAAUGAUCCCUUUGCCCCAUCGUAAUAAUGGAACAGUUAGUGUAUUGAGGCAGGAUCCUGGGUCUUCUGAUAUCACCACUUCAUCAAAGACAUCUGUUAAUGCUACAGAAGACAGGAAGACACAGGACAAUGCUGUUGUGGUGACUGAAGUCACUUCAUCUUCUGCACUGAUAAGAUGGUACAUAAACAGGUCAGCCUAUGUAGUAUGGAUGUACCAGGUCCAAUACAACUGCACUGCGGACGACACACUGGUUUACAGGAUUCUGCCAUCCACAACCAAGUACUUUACUUUGAAGCACCUAGUUUCAGGAGUAGACUAUGAUCUUUGCAUUUUGGCCAUUUUUGACGAUGUUGCAACCUCACUGGCUGCAACCAAAUCCUUGGGAUGUGUUCAGUUUACUACAGGAGAGGCAUACCCAGACUGUCGCUCACUGCAUGCUCAUUUUCUGGGAGGCACUUUAACCAUUAUCAUUGGGGGAGUCAUUGUGGUGACUUUGCUGGUCUUUACCGUGGUGAUGAUGGUAAAAUACAAGGUAUGCAGCACUGCCCACUCAGACAUUCCAAAAGUAACCAACGUUUACUCCCAAACUAAUGGAAACCAGUUAACACCCAAUGGCAUGCUUCUACAAAGAAGACUAAACAACGAGUCUGCCAAAGCCAGUUGCUCCCAGGUGACGUAUAAAGAGGAUUCUGGGAGGAUUGUCCAUGGAGUUAAACCUCAACGUAGAAAGGUCAGACAGAGAGAAGUGUCACAGAAGAUGGAGGAUAAAACUAUAAAGGCUUCACGUACUGAAGGGUCACAUUGUGGAUCAAGUCCUGAAGAUGGUAUAGGUUUUGGUAUUCCAAAAACAAAGCGAAGCUGUUCUGUGGACAUGGGGGAAAUGGCAACCACAACUUGUUAUAGCUAUGCCAAGCGACUCAGUGUUAUAUGGACAAAGAGGAGUCAAUCUGUACAUGGCAUGCUUUCGCACUGUGGGACGGAGUUACCCAAGGGAAAACCAGUGUUAUUCACUGGCUCAGAUGAGCUAGAAGAAAGUAUUGUCUAA